CGGCCUCCAGACACCUGCUGUUCCUGCCCAACUGUACACCCAGAGCCGUAGAGCAGUUUCCGAGAGACCUGUUCACGCAAGACCAGCGCGCCAAAGGAGGUCUGGCGCUUCACAUAUUUCUGGUGCUUUACAUGUUCCUGGCCUUGUCCAUCGUCUGUGACAGCUACUUCGUUCCUUCUUUGGAAGUGCUCUGCGACC